AUGCGCGUCCUCGCAUCGCCGCUGCUGCGCGUCGCCUUCCUCUCUUUCGCCUCCGCCACACGCGCUCAAACCCACUGCCACGUCAGCAGCGCUCCCUUCAACCUCCUUGCAACCCUUGCGUGUCCCCCCGCGCGCCACUCAGCGAACGGAUUCCCCACCGCAUUCCCCGCCGGGUUCCACGGCACGUCCGUGCUGGCGUCGUCGGCCUCUCCACCGUCACCUCCUGCCGAGGAGUCUGCGGCGCGCAAACGAGCCAAGAUGGCGGCAGCGGGAGACGCGGCGGCAGAUGCGGCGGUGAGCGCGGGGAACGGCGAGCAGGCGGGAGCCCCGCGGAAGCGCAUCGGGACGCACAACGGCACGUUCCAUUGCGACGAGGCGAUGGGGUGCUUCCUGCUGCGCCGCACGCUCAAGUUCCGCGACGCCGAUGUGAUCCGCACCAGGGACGAAAAGGUGCUGGCGGAGCUGGACGCGGUGAUCGACGUGGGCGGCGUGUACAACCCCGCCACGGACCGCUACGACCACCACCAGCGCGGCUUCUCCGAGGUGUUGGGCCACGGCUUCUCCACCAAGCUCAGCAGCGCGGGCCUCGUGUACAAGCACUACGGGGAGGAGGUGGUGGCGGGGCUCAUGGGGCUGCCUCACACCCACGCGGACGUGCACAAGGUGUACCUCGCUGUCUACCGCUCCUUCAUGGAGGCGCUGGACGCGAUAGACAACGGGGUGAACCAGUUUGAGUCGGAGCACCCGCCGCGCUACGUGAACAACACGCACCUGUCGGCGCGCGUGGGGCGCUUCAACCCCGACUGGCUCGACGACGCCUCCCCUGCCGCCCAGGACGCUGCCUUUCACAAGGCCAUGGCUCUCGCUGGGGAGGAGUUCGUGGAGGCGGUGACAUACACGGCACGCAGCUGGCUGCCGGCGCGCAGCAUUGUGGAGGAGAGCAUUGCGGCCGCCGUGGCAGAGCACGGCACUGCCGAGAUCAUCACGCUCAAACAGUUCUGCCCGUGGAAGGGGCAUCUGAGUGAGCUGGAAGGGGAGUUGAAGCUCAACCCUCUGCCCAAAUACAUGCUGUAUGAGCCUUUCCUUUGCUUCCCUCACUCCUCUCACUCCCCUCACUCCCCUCACUUCCCUCACUUCCCUCACUCCCCUCACUUCCCUCACUUCCCUCACUUCCCUCACUGCCCUCACUUCCCUCACUUCCCUCACUGCCCUCACUUCCCUCACUGCCCUCACUUCCCUCACUGCCACUGCCCUCACUUCCCUCACUGCCCUCACUUCCCUCACUUCCCUCACUGCCCUCACUUCCUUCACUCCUCUCCCUUCCCUCACUGCCCUCACUUCCUUCACUCCCUGCAUUCCCCUCACUCCCCUCCUCGUCACUCCCGCGCUACCCCCUGGCAACACCUCCACAGGACAAUCGGGCCAAGCAGUGGCGCGUGCAGGCCAUUACAGUGGCGCGUGCAGGCCAUUACAGUGGCGCGUGCAGGCCAUUACAGUGGCGCGUGCAGGCCAUUACAGUGGCGCCGGGCAGCUUCGAGAGCCGCUGCGUGCUGCCCAUGGACUGGAGGGGAUGCGGACAUGUUUCUCUCACCCCCUCAUUCCCCCACUUGCUUUCCUGCACCUGCCUGGCCCCUGCAGGACGACCGGGCCAAGCAGUGGAGGGUGCAGGCCAUUUCAGUGGCGCCAGGCAGCUUUGAGAGCCGCUGCCCGCUCCCUGUCGACUGGAGGGGGCUGCGCGACGAUGAGCUGUCGGAGCGGUCGAGCAUUCCUAGGGGGGUGUUUGUGCACAUGAGUGGGUUCAUCGGUGGUAACCACACGUACGAGGGCGCCCUCGCCAUGGCCAAGGCUGGUCUGGCCCAAGGCCACCCAUCCAGUGCCCUUGUGUUGAAGCGUGACGGCGCACAAGACAGGCCCACAGUGGUGCUGCCAUGCGCUGUGCCCACCCACCAGCGCGUGGCGAUCCCCUCCUCCAACCACCCAGUGCGCACAGCCCUUGCUGCCUGUCACUGCACCGCACUGUGUGCUGCUACCACGCUGCCGUCAAUCCCUUACACCGCCACACACUCUGUGCUUCUGCUUGCCCAUGAUGCUCUUGCUGCCGGCGGCACGGGUCACUGCUGUGCUGUGCCGUGUGCGUGCUGCCCCGAUGCCGCCUCGUGGGGAGGAGGGCAGUGGGCGGAGUCAGCAGCAGCAUGUGGCGGCGCAGCAGCACACACUCUCAGCACCUCCUCCGCCUGUUUCCGCAUGGUGGAGAGGGGGGGGUUGGGGAGGGGGGGGGGGGGUUGGGGGUGGGGAAGAGGAGGCAAGGAGGAGGGAGGGCAUCACAAUAUGAGACAAUUCAGCAGCAUGAGGCGGCUCAGCCGCACACACUCCCAGCACCUCCUCUGCCUGCUUUCGCAUGGCGGAGGUGUGGGGACGGAGGUGGGGAAGGGGCGGCAGGGGAGGAGGAAAGAACAGGAGGGAGGGGGCCACAAAGUGGGCGGGAGUAGCAACAGGGGGGGGCACAGCAGCACAGCACACACCCACAGCACUUCCUCUGCCUGCGAGAGGGAGAUCGGAACAAGGGGGGAUAGGGGGGCACCGAAAGGGAGGGCGGAAGAGAGUGAAGAGUGCGCAGCGUUGGGAGGAGCAGCAUCGGGCUGCGCACGCUACGAACACGUGUGUGGGCUCAAGGUGCCACGUGGGCUCAAGCUGCCACGUGGGCUCAAGCUGCCACGUGGGCGCAAGCUGCCACGUGGACUCAAGCUGCCAUGUGGGCAGUGCUCAACCUCUGCGUCACCACAGCCGCUCGCCGAUGAGGAAGCAUGGCAGGGCGUGUGGAGCCCUUGGGCGAGCCGGGCAGCCUGCUUCGGCCAGGUUGAACCGCGAAUCGACGCCGCGUUGCAGCCCGAAGGCGGUGGCCUUGCCGGGUGCAAGAUAAGCGCUGCACAAUGCCGAGCAGAAGAAAACUACUGGCUGAACGUGCAACGGCGCAAGGACUUCAAUGGCGGCCAUUUUCAGCCGUUAGAUGUAACGGACGGUGCAGAUAUGCUCAUCCGCAUCCUUGUGCCCACGUACCAGUGCCCCGGGGAGGAGCGGCUGGGCGUGUGGGGUGAUGGUGGCAAGUGGACAUGCAUGCUGCCGUCCACCAUUCAGCCCAAGCCCUUAGUGUACAGCAUCGGCAGCAACGAGUCGUUCUCCUUUGAGAGUGAGAUAAGCCAGGAGCUGCACAUCCGCACGGACACCUUCGACCCCUUCAUCCCUCCCGAGGCCCAGGCGCGCAUGAAGGCCCUCCCCUUCCUGCGCUUCCACAGCAUUGGCGUUGCCAGCAGCGCUGACAUCAACGAGUACAAGAAGUGGUACCCCAAGAAGAGGUUCAUGCGACUGAAUGAGAUCAUGAAGCGGCUGGGGCACUCGUACAUUGACGUGCUCAAGGUGGACUGCGAGGGGUGCGAGGAGCACUUCAUUCAGGAGCUGGUGGCGGCCAACCACAACAAGAUGGGCGCGCUCACCAUCCAUGGGGGCCGGCUGCCCUUCGGCCAGAUGCUCUGUGAAUUCCACAGGACGGACAUGCCGAACCGCACGCUGCCACUGGUGUAUGGAAUGGAGAGCCUGGGGUACCGCAUGUUCCACGUGGAGCCCAACCCGCAGUGCCUGCACUGCCAGGAGAUCGCCUUCAUCCACGAAACCCUCGUCAAGCCCUCCCCCACCGCUGACUGCCGGCCUUUCCUGCAGCAGAGCAGCAACGGGCUUGCGCAGUUGCUAGAUGCCGGAGGAGACAAGGGGCAAGCUGCUGCAGGCAGCAAGCGUGAGGAAGGGGCUGCUGUUGACAGCUCGCUCGAUUCGCCGUAG